GUAGCCGCGACCUCGGCAAAGCCCCGCCUACCGAGGCGUCGAAAGCAUAAAAGCCCGUCGGCCCGCCCCGGCCGCCCAGCCGCGCGCAAGGAAAGGAAGGAAGAUGGCGUCCACCAGCCGGGUGGAUGUGCUGCCAAGAGUGACAUGUCCAAACCACCCAGAUUCCAUUUUGGUGGAAGAUUACAGAGCUGGAGAUAUGAUCUGUCCAGAAUGUGGACUAGUCGUAGGUGACAGAGUCAUAGAUGUAGGGUCAGAAUGGCGAACGUUCAGCAAUGACAAAGCAACCAAAGACCCAUCUCGAGUUGGAGAUACCCAGAAUCCUCUCCUGAGUGAUGGUGAUCUGACUACAAUGAUUGGCAAGGGCACGGGCGCAGCCAGUUUUGAUGAAUUUGGGAAUUCAAAGUAUCAAAACCGGAGGACCAUGAGCAGCUCCGACCGCGCGAUGAUGAACGCGUUCAAAGAAAUCGCUAGCAUGGCAGACAGAAUCAACCUCCCCCGAAAUAUAGUUGAUCGAACAAAUAAUUUAUUCAAGCAAGUCUAUGAGCAGAAGAGCCUGAAGGGGAGAAGUAACGAUGCCAUUGCCUCCGCUUGCCUCUACAUUGCCUGCAGGCAAGAGGGCGUUCCGAGAACAUUCAAAGAAAUAUGUGCUGUCUCCAGAAUUUCCAAAAAAGAAAUAGGCCGGUGUUUUAAGCUCAUCUUGAAAGCUUUGGAAACGAGUGUGGAUUUGAUCACAACUGGAGAUUUCAUGUCCAGAUUUUGUUCAAACCUGGGUCUUCCUAAGCAAGUCCAGAUGGCAGCAACACACAUUGCCCGUAAAGCUGUGGAAUUAGACUUGGUUCCUGGGAGGAGUCCCAUCUCGGUUGCAGCUGCAGCUAUUUAUAUGGCUUCACAAGCCUCCGCAGAGAAGAGAACCCAGAAAGAAAUUGGAGACAUUGCCGGAGUAGCUGAUGUUACAAUCAGGCAGUCAUAUAGGUUGAUUUAUCCACGGGCUCCUGAUCUUUUCCCAGCCGAUUUCAAAUUUGAUACCCCAGUGGACAAACUGCCACAGCUGUGAAUUUCCAUGGGUACGUCUAUAUCCCACAGAGGUUUUGAUUUUGACUUAAAAGUGAUAUGUAUAAAAACGGUACUGUUGAGCCUUCAAGUUGCGGAACUGGUAAAACUAUGUGAAAAAGCCUAACUGAAGAGUCAGAGCACACAUUCCAGGUGUAAACAAAACAAUUUUGUGGCAUUUUUUAUGUAUAUAUUAGUGAAAGUAAUUAUUUAACAGCCAUCAAUUUCCUAUUGUAUGUACUUAGAUUUCUUUCAUAGAGAUCUUGGUUGUUGUUUUUUUUGGAAAAUAUUUCAGAUUGUAAUUCCUGAAUAAACUGUUUUCCAAAAACCUA